GAUAUUUUAAGAACCACCUCAUAUAUUUCUCGAAAAGAGAAAGCUCAUUUAAUAAUAUCUGCUUGGAGUAAUCUCUGUUCGUUUAAAAAAUUAGUAAAACUUCACCAUUUAACUGUUUCAGAUUCAAAUAUCGCAAGCUCUCAUAAUACCGCAUAUCAAGAAUGCAUUAACACUUUACUUUGCAAUCUUAGCCCAUUAUCAGCCUCUGUCAAUGAAUUUGUACAAGAAUUCUAUAGAAAUUUAUAUGAAAAACUAGAGAAGUUGGCAGAAUUUGAGGGAGGAGAAUUAUGUUUCCCUCAACUUCAGAUCAUAGUACCGCUUCGGUCUGGACAAGUUAAAUUCGAUGAUGUAUAUGAUAAUCUGAAAAAUAGGAUUGAGAGAAAUGCUGAUAGGCAUAAUGUUCUUUUCAUUAAACAUCAAAAUCUCAAUAAUGCUCAAGGAUUGAAUUCCAGAACUAU